AACUUCUCAAAAUUUCUGCUGCUGAUUCCUCAGAACUUGUGAGAACCUGCUGAAUACCACCUCUGAUGUGAUUGGGAUAAAACUGGCCUUUUUUGCACUUGUAUUAUUUUGAUUUAAAUGCAUCAAAACAGAUACUGAAACUCCCUACUGUUAGAAGAGAAAUGGAUAUAACUGUGUCUUGUAACUUCCCUGUCACAAUAAACACCUUCCCUAUCAUAAUAAAAAGUGUUAGGAAGAACUCUUGAUUGAUCAAAGGCAGAAAAAAGUACUAGAUAUCUAUGAUCUCACAUGGUGCAUGGAAGAUUGGCCUUGGGACAGAAGGGGAGCAAAUGGUAAAGAGCAUGAAUUCACAAGUGGAAUGAAAGCAAGAAAAAAGCCAGACAUUUUUUAUGGCUGUGACAAAGUUUAACCUAAACCUAAAAACCUAAAGUUUAAGUCUAUUCAUCCAUGCAAAUGAUAAAACAAUUAAGGUAAAUCUAAAAGCAUGAUCAUUAUUAGGAUGAAAGCUUGAGAGAGUUACUGAAAGCUAUAAGGAUGAUGAGAGAUUCUGAAUAUGGGACACAUAAUUUUUGGCAAUGUCAAGAGCAGAACUUUGGGUGAACAAAAUGAUAGUACAAGGAGAACACUUGCAAGGAGGAAAACAAAUAAAUCUGUAUUAUGGUCAAAGACCAGCAAUACACAUUACUAGAGGAAAACAAAUGAAUAUUAUUUGGGAAUUGGGAAGAUACAGGUUUAAGUUAAUCCUCUCCUCAUUAAGCUCAUUAAGUGAUUUUGACCAGUCAAUAUCUUUUAUCUAACAGGCUGAUUGCUGUACGGAAAAUUGAAUGAGAACUUGCUAUGAACAUUUACUUGAACUCUGGGAAAAGAAGCAGAAUAAGCAUAACAACACAUGUCUACCAAAUAUCCCCAUGCAAAAUCUGGGCUGCGUCCCCCCCGAUGAGCAAUAACGCUGCCUCAAGUGGAGUAAUAUUUCUUGUUUUAUAAAAGGCAAGAUUUUGAUGUGGGCAGCAACAGAUUGUGUGGAAUUGAAAGAUAUCAGAAAAAGACACAGCCAUAUUGACAUGCAACUUAGGCAUCCCCCCGGCAUCUCUUGUUAAAGGCCAGGCUGCCUAGAAAUAGACUUCCUCGGAAUGAUGGUAAACAAAACUAGGCUUAACUCUACUCAUGGACUUGAUGCUUUCGGGAUAUCCCAGUUCCAGGAGGCCAUUGGUGUUUUCUUCAUGGUUAUGCUGAGUGUCAUUGCUUUGGUUGCCAACACAGCAGUAAUGGUUGUUAUUCUCAAAACACCUCUCCUGAGGAAAUUCAUCUUUGUCUGCCAUCUCUGUCUGGUAGAUCUGUUGUCAGCAAUUUUCAUCAUGCCACUGGGGAUCAUCUCCAGUUCCACGUGCUUCAACAGAAUUUUGUACAGCAUCGCUGAGUGCCAAACACUGAUCUUCUUGAAUGUUUGUUUCAUCAGUGCUUCCAUCCUCACCAUCUCUGUAAUCAGCAUUGAACGAUACUACUACAUUGUCCACCCUAUGAGAUAUGAAGUUAAAAUGACAACUGGGCUGGCCGUGACUGUGGUGGUUUUCAUUUGGAUUAAGUCUAUGCUGGUUGCUGCACUGGCGUUAGUAGGCUGGCCGCAAGACAAUGGUGCAAGCAGUGCCAGUAAAUGUACUGUAAACUGGAGCCCUGGAGCCCACAAGAAGAUUUUCGUGAUAAUCUUCAGCCUUCUCUGCUUCAUAUUGCCCAGUUUAAUUAUCUUUGCAGUAUACGGUAGCAUCUACAAAGUGGCCCGCAUUGCAUCCUUGCAGCAUAUUCCUGUCCCAUCCUGGACAGCUGCACCCAGACAAAGGUCAGAGUCCAUCCACAGUCAAGUCACCAUCAUCACUACCAGGAAUGUGCCUCCAAGACUAUCUCCUGAACGCUUUUUUGGUGGGAAUAAAGCAGCCCUGACCUUGGUGCUGAUCGUAGGCCAGUUUCUCUGCUGCUGGCUCCCUUUUUUCUCCUUCCACCUCCACUGCUCCUUCCAUUCUGCCCCUUUGGUCCCUGAUUCCAUUGAAAUAGUGGUGACCUGGCUCGCAUAUUCUUCCUUUGCAAUCAACCCUUUCUUCUAUGGAUUGUUAAACCGUCAAAUCAGGGAAGAGCUGGCCAAGAUGAGACGACACUGCCUCAGUAAGUCUCUGAACCAGGACUUUUGUAUCUCCAGCCCAGAAGGCUCUAUUCAUGAGAAUUUCCUGCAGUUCCUUCAGAGGACUAGUUGCACGUUUGAUAACCAUUCAAGCUAUGCUAAUUCCAGCCCCAGGAACACUUUGGAACAAACUGCUUCGGGAUUCAGAAUCCCAGGACAAAUCCCAGAAGAAACCAAUUGAAGAAAGAAUGCUGCGUUGUGUUUUUUUUUGUCAUUUCCCCAUUUCUUUCCUUCUGGCUUUGCAUUUAUCUUCUUCUGCACUGAAAAUACUGAACAAGCUUUCCUUAGGAGAAGGAUUGUCAGCUGAGCAAUGGCUUUCUCUUAAGUGUAAAUGGAAAUGUACUACAUGAGUUGUCAGCAUCCUCUCUCUUUCCAGUGGCUAGCAAGAGUGUAAGUGAUGACUCAGAAGCAUCAGUUGUACUAAUAACCAAUUGUACUGAAUUCACUGUGAUAGCUGUGUGCAGAGACCUGACACCUUAACAAUACUUGCAGAGGCUCCAGGAAAAUAUUAUAUGUGCGGGGGAGGAGGGUGUCAAAAAACCCUCCAAAGUGCUUUCCUAAAAUACAAUUAACCCUAAGUCACCGCCAAGAGUGGUGUUUCUUCCUAUUCACAUAGUGUAAUGGGAAGAUUUAGUUUUAUAAUGCAGAGCUUGCCUGGUUUGUAUACUUAAGGCAAAGUCACUUUGUCCUUAAGAAAAUAAUGUGUCCCAAUCCUGAAGAACAGAAUUGCCCAGUCUCCAAAAACACAGGCCAGUGAUAGACUGCUUUGACUUCUUUGGUAUGACAAAAGGGAGAAGACAGACUUGUGGGAAUGAUUAUGAUCAAUGUCACAGAUAAAACAACCAUUCUUGCUCCCAUAGGUGAAGAAAGGUAAAGUUGUAAUUUUCCAUAAUUUGGUGCUGUACAG